UGAGGCGAUAACCGGUUUAACCGGAAGUUGAAGUUUUGAGUUUUCUUCCUUUGGAUUUUGGCAGGUGAUUGGAAUACAAAAUAGAAAACAUUGAACAUAGACGCUACUUUGUUAAUGGCGAAUGUUUGUUUCACGAAGCAGAGUUGACCUAUUGUUUGGCCCAAAGAAGAUCAACUCCUCGUUCGCUCUCCCGAUCUUUCCAUUCAAGUACUCCUUUAGAAUGGCUCGAUCCGCUGUUGAUGAAACAUCAGACAGUGGGGCUUUUAUGCGUACUGCUUCAACAUUUCGUAACUUCAUUUCUCAAGAUCCAAGUUCCCAAUUUCCUGCUGAGUCUGGCAGGUAUCAUCUAUAUAUAUCAUACGCUUGUCCUUGGGCAUCCCGAUGCCUUGCGUACUUGAAGAUUAAAGGACUUGACAAAGCCAUCAGUUUCACGUCUGUCAAACCCAUAUGGGAAAGAACGAAGGAAAGCGAUGAACAUAUGGGAUGGGUUUUCCCUACUUCAGCGACAGAGGAACCAGGAGCUGAACCUGACCCUUUGAAUGGCGCAAAAAAUAUCAGACAACUUUAUGAGCUUGCAAGUACCAACUACUCGGGGAAGUACACUGUACCUGUGCUGUGGGACAAGAAACUCAAGACGAUUGUUAGUAAUGAAAGUUCUGAGAUAAUCCGUAUGUUCAAUACUGAAUUCAAUGAUAUAGCUCAGAAUGCAGCUUUGGACCUAUAUCCUCCUCAAUUGCAAGCUCAAAUUAAUGAAACGAAUGAAUGGAUAUACAAUGCGAUUAAUAAUGGUGUUUAUAGAUGUGGUUUUGCAAGGAAGCAAGGGCCUUAUGAGGAGGCUGUGAAAGAGUUAUAUGAAGGCUUAGACAGGUGUGAGGAGAUACUUGGAAAGCAACGAUACAUCUGUGGAAACACAUUGACUGAAGCAGAUAUACGGUUAUUUGUCACCAUCAUAAGAUUUGAUGAGGUUUAUGCUGUACACUUCAAGUGCAACAAGAAACUACUAAGAGAGUUCCCAAAUCUGUUCAACUACACCAAAGACAUUUAUCAAGUACCUGGUAUGAGUAGUACUGUCAACAUGGAGCAUAUCAAGCGGCACUAUUAUGGAAGUCAUCCUUCUAUCAAUCCAUUUGGGAUCAUUCCUCUUGGCCCCAAUAUCGACUUUUCUUCUCCGCAUGACAGGGAGCGGUUUUCUGUCUAGAUGGGAUAUGUCGACAAACUAUGAAACAAAUGUCUUUUGAUUUUCAAGUUUGUCCUACUUUUCUGCUGAAAUAAAUGGCUGCUGAAGUUAUUGAAGAAAUGGGUCUUAGAUUGGGGUAAUAAGGGCAUGCUCAUAUGGAUUGCUGAAGUUUGUGUGCUAAACUAUUGUACUAUCUGUAUAAUGCCGGAUGUGUUCGUUUGUUGAUGCUUUGAGUGAUUUUAAGUGAAAGUUUGUUAUCGACAGUGUUAAGGUUCUUUUGCUUUGGUUUUUGACACAAAGCUCAAAUAACCAAUGCGAGUAAUUUUCUCUGCCUA